AUGCCUAGAGCCCCCAAAGUACAGGAAUCGUCUGCAACUGCUUCUGCUACUGCUAUGGUGUUCUCACCAAAGUCACCAAAGUUUUCGUGGAUUAUCUCCAAGGUCAUCGCCCUCUGUGGAAAAAGACAGUUCCAAAAUGCGAUGAAAGCAUUUGACCUCGCAUUCAUGUACGUGGACGCAGACUUGAACAAAACUCGCCUUUCACUCUUGAUCAAGGUCGUCGCCCUUUUCAAUGCAAACCAACGUGACGAGGCAAUUCUACGCGUCCAAGAGCUAGCUACCACUCGUCCAAGUGUGAAUCCUCUUGCAUGUGAUAUCGUGGAAUGUUACGCUGACCGUCGGUCGGCGUGUGCGAACUAG